AUGGUCGCCGACGAUGCCUCAUCCUCGUCUAGCUCCGACUACGAAGAUGCCACGGACACCCAGCCCGUCGCCGCCGCGGAGUCUUCCACCGGCGAGGGACACUCACAGUAUCGCCUCAUGGUGACGGCCGGCCCUUCCUACGACGCCAGCACACACCACCCUGUCCUCGUCAACUCGCCCGACCGCCAGACCAUCGAGACCGAUUCCAUGUCCCUCGAGUACGCCGUGCGCAUUCGGAACUUCACGGGCCUACCGUCUGGCUCGCCCGAGACGUCGGCUUAUUUUGAGCACUCGCUGCACAAGUGGGACCAAUAUUCCAUUUCCGUAGCGUUUGUACCCAAGGUCGACAUCCCCGGCGGCGAAGUGGUGUUUGGCAACGAUUUCGACCGCCCCAUCAGCGACCGCCUGCCUCCGGGCUUCAACCAGGCGCUCAAGUUCGUCACGUACUGGGUAGACCCGGGCCUCACGGGAGACGUCUAUGCCGAAAAACCCUAUCUUUACGGCCCCGCGCUGUCAUCCUGGAACACUCUGCGCAUCGGCCCCAAGGUGCGAGACGGCAAGGUGCCCGACGCAGAGACGUUCCACGAGACGAUCAUCGAAGAGGGCGCGGAUGACGAGAGUGCCGAAGAGGCCCGGACCAAGGCUGGCAUGCCGAGCGGUAGUGCGGGCAGGAAGAAGUUCUACCUCACCGAAUCCAACCGCGACAAGUUCACCUUUGAGAAGGGCAGACUGUACAUGGCCGACUUUUUCAAUCCGUACCUGGACUUCAAUGAUUUCAGUUUGAAGUUGCCCGGGUUCUCGCUCAACGUCAUCAAGUACGUGGACAGCAAGACACAUGAACUCAGGUAUGUGUUGAAGAACCAGAAGACGGGCGAGCUGUAUGCCGCGUUCAUGUUUACGCUGUUGUGGGGCGAGGAGAGGGAACGAGAGGAGGCCAAGGAGAAGGGGCAGACUGGGACGACGAAGGCCGAGGCGCCGGCGCCGGCUGCUGCGAAGAAAAAGGACGACGACAUUCCUGAGGAUGACGACGAUAUCGAUUGA